UUUUUAUAAUAAAAUAUAUUAAUAGCAGACCAGUUUUAUAAAGUAGCUUCGCACAAACCCAACUACCACCUUCAGACAUCUCGAUCAUCUUUGCAAACAUGACUAAUCUUCCACCAACUACCACCACCACCAACAACAAGCUCAACGGAAAGGUGGCAAUAGUCACCGGUGCCGCCAGCGGUAUCGGCGAAGCCACGGCUCGCCACAUUAUCAACGUUGGUGCACGUGCAGUAGUCAUAGCAGAUGUACAGGACGAGAAAGGUCGAAACGUCGCCGCUUCGAUAGGCCCCGACAGAUGCACCUACAUCCACUGUGACGUUACCGACGAGAACCAGGUUAAGUCCCUAGUGGAAUCGACUGUUUCAAUCUACGGCCGCCUCGACAUCAUGUUCAGCAACGCGGGGAUUUCCAACAAGGGCUUACAAACCGUUUUAGACCUCGACUUGUCGGAGUUCGACAAGGUCGUGGCGGUGAACACGCGGGGUGCGGCGGCGUGUGUGAAGCACGCGGCGCGUGCGAUGAAGGACGGAGGGGUGAGGGGGAGCAUAAUAUGCACGGCGAGCGCGUUGGCCAGUCGUGGGCUCGAAGCAGCCACUGACUACGUGAUGUCGAAGCAUGCGGUGAUCGGACUGGUGAGGUCGGCGAGUUUGCAGCUGGCGGGUAAUGGGAUUCGAGUGAAUAGCGUGUCGCCGGGGGUGGUCGCGACGCCCGGAUCGUGUGCCACGUUUGGAGUUGAUGAGGAUCACUUGGAUGAGGUGGUGGAGAAGUUCUCGAGGAUGAAAGGGGUUAUGAGAAUGAAACAUGUCGCUGAUGCGGUGGCGUUUUUGGCCUCUGAUGAGUCGGAGUUCGUCACUGGGAUUGAUUUGGCUGUCGACGGUGGUUUUGUUAUUCCGCAGCCGUGAUUUUUGGUGGAAGUUCACAGCCGUUGACCGUUUGACUACAGUCACACCAUCUUUUCUUUUAUUCCUAAUAAUAAAUUAGAAAUGUGUUAGAGCCCUCUUUGUUUUAUUAGUUAUUAGAAAAAAAAAAAAAAGUUCAAAAAUGCAGGCAUCUUUGUUUCUCCUUAAUAUAUAUAAAACAAAUAAAAUCUU